AUGGAGGGUCUAUCCCUGCAUUAUUUCUUCUCACUGCUGAUGGUAACUAUAGUGGCACUAGAAGGCCUUGCUCCACCUUAUUCAUCUACUGCAACCACCACCAAAAUCUUUCAGUUUAAUGUUGAGUGGAAAAAUGUGACUCGAUUGUGCCACAGUAGGCCGCUUUUAACAGUUAAUGGGGAGUACCCGGGGCCAACCAUCGCUGUCCAUGAAGGUGACAAUGUUUUGAUUAAGGUCACAAAUCGCAUUGCAAGGAACACAACUAUUCACUGGCAUGGAGUAAGGCAAAUAAGAACAGGAUGGGCAGAUGGUCCGGCAUAUAUCACUCAAUGUCCUAUUAAGGGAGGGACUUCCUACACCUACAAUUUCACAGUGCUCAACCAAAGAGGCACUCUUUUUUGGCAUGCACACUAUUCUUGGCAACGAGCCUCCGUUUGUGGUGCUUUUAUUAUCUACCCUCGCAUGCCCUACCCUUUCUCUGCUCCUAUUCAUGCCGAAGUCCCCAUCAUUCUUGGUGAAUGGUGGAAUGUGGAUGCGGAAAUGAUGGCAAGUGAGAUGAUGAAGUAUGGAAGUGGGCCAAAUUAUUCAGAUGCAUAUACCAUAAAUGGUUUGCCAGGACCUCUUUAUCCCUGUUCAGUAAAAGAUACUUUCACUCACUUAGUUGAGAGGGGUAAAACCUAUUUACUCAGAAUUAUCAACGCAGCUCUCAGCGACGAGCUCUUUUUCGCCGUUGCCAGUCACACCAUGGCCGUCGUGGAGGUUGAUGCAACUUACACGAAACCAUACACAACGAGAGCAAUCAUGGUUACUCCUGGUCAGACCACCAAUGUUCUACUCACUGCUGACCAGAUUCCUGAUUCUUCAGGAAUGUUUGUUGUGUCAGCAAGGCCUUAUCGUACCUCUGUUUUCCCUUUUAAUAAUUCUACCACUGUUGGCUUCUUGAGGUACAAAAUGACCAAGGCUCUCAAAGGCAAGUCUCUGAAUACUCCAACUAAUCUUGCUAAUGACAACCUUCCUGAGAUGGAAAACACAGAUUUUGCCAGGGACUUCUUUGUUAGGCUCAGAAGCCUUGCAUCUACUGAAUUUCCUUGUAUGGUGCCAAAACAGAUUGACAAGCGAGUUAUUACAACAAUAGGCCUUAACCUUCAGGAUUGUCCAGCGAACAAGAUCUGCACGGGAUUGAAUAACAAGAGUUUUUUAGCUUCAAUGAAUAACCAGUCCUUUGUGAGGCCUUCUACGUCUUUAUUAGAAUCCUAUUACAUGAAACGGAAUACCGGCGAAUACUCCUUUGAUUUCCCAGAGAAGCCUCCCAAAGCUUUUAACUAUACUGGAGUGGACCCAUUGAAAGAGAACAUGAACGCGGAAUUUGGAACAAAAGUUAUAGAAUUGGAAUACGGCACAAAUUUGGAGAUGGUGCUGCAAGACACAGGCUUCCUUAAUGUGGAGAACCAUCCGAUUCAUGUUCAUGGUCACAACUUCUUCAUUGUUGGGGGAGGGUUCGGUAACUACGACGUAGAAAAGGACCCGGAAAACUAUAACCUGGUGGAUCCUCCGGAGAGAAAUACAGUGGGAGUUCCUUCAGGGGGAUGGGCCGCAAUUCGGCUGAAGGCAGAUAAUCCGGGAGCUUGGUUUGUACAUUGCCAUCUUGAGGAGCACACGUCUUGGGGUCUUGCCAUGGCUUUCAUCGUGAAAGAUGGCUCUACGGAAUCUAAGUCCUUGCUUCCUCCCCCACAAGACCUUCCUUCCUGUUGA